AUGGACUACGACGGAAAGCUCAUCCUCGCACCGAUGGUGCGGGUGGGCACUUAUCCCAUGCGUUUACUGACCGCUGGGUAUGGCGCCGACAUCGUGUAUAGCGAGGAGCUCGUUGACAAACGCGUCAUCGCUUCCGUACGGCGGGUCAACGAGGCGCUCGGGACCGUUGACUUUCUGGACAAGGGUGGCGAGCAGGGCGGCCGGCUGAUGUUCCGCACCAGCGCUUCGGAGCGCCCGCGUCUGGUGUUUCAGUUGGGUACGGCGGAGGCGGUUGGUGCGCUGCGAGCCGUCAGUGUGGUGGCUGGUGAUGUUGGGGCCCUGGAUGUCAACAUGGGCUGCCCCAAGCAGUUCAGUCUGCAGGGGGGAAUGGGGGCGGCGCUGCUCAGGAAGCCGGAAGUGGCGGAGGUGGGGCUGGAUGACCCACGUGACACCGUGGAGCUGGCUAGGCGGCUGGGGGCGUGUGGGGUGUCGGCCAUUGCCGUACACGGCCGUACCACUCAGCAGCGACCCCGCGACCCCGCCAACUGGGCCCACAUACGACUGGUUGUGGAUGCGCUGGAGAGUACAAGAGUGCCGGUCAUUGCCAACGGAGACAUCAUGUCGUACAGCGACGCACAGCGCGUACGGCAGGAGACGGGCUGCGCUGCAGCGAUGUUGGCGCGUGCUGCUAUGUGGAAUGCCUCCGUGUUUCGACCCGGGGGUGAGCCAUGGGCGUGGAUGUGUAUGUAUGUAUGUAUGUAUGUAUGUAUGUAUGUAUGA